CUUUCCGCAAGGAAGCAAAUUACAUUAUGUUCAUUCAUAUUGGAUUGUGGAUUGUGGAUUGGAUUAUCCAGCGCUACAAACAAGUUGAGGCCUUGGUUUGGUUUUUUAUUUGUAGAUUUGUAGAUACCAUAUUGUAGACCUGCCAAACAUUGAACUGACAAACAUUGCACUCAAGGUUACAAUGUGUAUACUGUCUCGAUUCCAUCAAAAAUACAACUGAUUGACAACGUGAUUGCAUCACACAUAUGCUGAUGACAGUUCAAUGAAAUUCUACGAUCAAGCGAUCAAUAUUUAUACUUGUAAACCUCAAAAACACACAUCAGUCUAUACUUAGUGGUCGAUGAUAAAGAACCAAAAAUAUAAAUGGCAUUACUCACGAUAGGUUUUACUGGAAUAACAAUAAUACUACUCCCACUUCUAGUUAUCAGUGCACAACAAUUCGAUCCGAUGGAAAUAUGUCGAGGGAAACCUAAUAACGCCACCGUUAUGAACCCACUAUCUUGUGAUUCAUUUUUACUGUGCAGUGACGGUCUACCAGCUGGGACUGGGCAGUGUCCAAGUGAAAUGCUCUUUAACGCUGAGAAGGAAAUUUGUAAUUUUCCUGAAAACGUGAAUUGCGGUUCCGUCCCUUUGCCUACUCAAUUCCAAACUAGUACAGAAGAGUCUACCGAAAUGAUAACCGAUUUAAGUGUAGAAACUACUACAUCUUCUGUUCCAAACGAAUCCUGUCCACAAAUAGACGAUCCUGUUUCACCAUUGUACAUGUCAAUCCCAGAUAACUGUACCAAUUACAUCAUGUGCUACCAUGCUACUCCCUUGAUAAUGCAAUGUCCUAUAGGAACGGAAUGGAACAAAAACAAUUCAAUUUGUGAUACACCGGAAAAUGCAAAGUGUCAGGCAAGCUUUCAAGAUCCAUUUGGAUGCCCAGUAGAAGGAACAAAAGUUUUACCACACCCAACCAAUUGUGAAAAAUUCGUGUUCUGCUUGAACGGUAUAUCUAGAGUUCAAGUUUGUCAAAUGUUCAAGUACUUCGAUCCCGUCGCAGGAGAAUGUGUCCUAGGAAAAUGUUAAAUGGAGACAAAUGUUAUAUGUUAAAACAAACACACACAAUUUUAUCUAAGUGUUAUUUGUAAGAGUUUAACGGUCCCAAUAAUGUAACUUGAUGAUUGUGAAGUGCAUCAUUUGAUUGUAUUCAAUAAGCCAUAAAAUAUUUUCACUUGAUAUUUUUUGUGAACACAAUUUUUAUGAAAUACAAUAGCAACCGAAUUGCUUUAUUCCUGAUAGUUUG